AUGCAUUCCCUCGACGCAAAAAAUAAUUACACGGCAGAAAGUUAUUACAAUGCGAAGACGAGUUGGCUACUUAGCCUAGCCGCACAGGAUGUCGACGAGCUCGGGAACCUUUUGCGGGAGCUCUUUGAAGGUGCUGGGGAAGUAGAAGCUGGCCGUGGCGACGAUGGGCGUGAGCUGCGAGUGGUCGACAUCGGCGCCGAUGCCAACGGCCAUGAUAGCCGCGGAUCCGUUGCGGUUGAUGGCGCCCGCGAGCUCCGAGGUGGGGUUGCCGACGGUCCUGGCGCCGUCGGACAGGACGAUGAUGACGUUCUUUCCCUUCCUGUCGCCGACGAGGGCGAAGCAAGCGCUGAGCCCCUCGUAGACGUUGGUGCGUCCGAAGGGCGGCACCAUGCCGACGAGCGAGGCGAUGAAGAGCGGGAGCCUCUGCGUGCCCUUCUCGAUGACAGUGGCAACGUCCGAGAAGCCGACGGCCGAGUAGCGCACGUCGCGCCGGCGGUUGUCCAGCGCGGCCGCGAUGCCGAUGACAAACUCCACCUCCGUGCCGUAGUGCGCCUCGACCGACCCGCUCUGGUCUAUCGCGAAGCACACGUUGUUGAUCGGGCACUGGUCCCUGCGCCGAACGCGCGCGGCCGGCCGCAGCGCGGACGACGUCGCCACGGCGACCACGCACAGACACAGCGAAAGCCGCAGCAGCGGCGCGGAGCGCGGCAUUACGGAAAGGGGCGUUUUGGGGGGGGGGAGUUGCGGCUGGGUGCUUAG